UAAAUCUAAAUAGGACCAAUCUCGUGACUGGAGACGAUAAACGAGUCUACUGGUUUCCUAUUUUACAACACAAGUUGAGUUCUCGUUUCCCUUUUUCUUCGCCCUUGUGUAGCCAACUCAUUCUCACUUCCUGUGAAAGGGGUCACAAAUAGACUCCUAGCGCUUUCAAACGAAAGCUCAGUUUCCGCCAUUUCCUCCUUCAAUCCCCCACCUCCGUUCUCGCACGUCCUCGGUUUGUUUUCUGAAAAUUCGAUUUGGGGCGAGGGCGAAUAUAAUUGGAACCAAUCAUAUUGGUGGUUGGCUGGUUAGCUGAGACUGUCUCGCAUUCCCAUUGGCUGACCGUCUCAUUUCACUUAGUUGAGACAGACGCAAAUGUAAAGCAAGUGAAGAAACAUUUAAAGUCCGAGCAGUAGAGAACUGGAAAAUGACAACGCUUCAAUAUUUGGGAAUAUCAGUACUUUUCAUCAUCGCUCUAGUACCACUUCCUCAAGUCAAAAAAAUCCCUGAAGGUGAUUUUCUGGACAGUUCAUCAGAGAAGGGGAGCUGUUCAGUGGUGUGUUCUGUGGAGAACCGGAGAGACAUGACCCUGUCCUGGUACAGAGGAGAGAAGAGACUCAACCAGACCAGCAGCCCUGACCUCUCCACCAACCUGUGUUUCCCUCUGGAGAUAAAGCUACAGGACAAAGAUAUCUACAGCUGUGUGGUUGCCAACCCAGUCAGCAACCAGACAACCAAACUCAACAUUGAAACGCUCUGCCUUCAGUAUGUAGAGUCUGAUCCUAAUCCAAUCACAGUCAUUGUGAUAGUCCUUGUAAUAGGCCUACUGUUAUGUGUAUACUGCAUUUGGAAAAAUAAAGAUAUUAAAGGGUGCUGUGUAUCCACUUCAGGGAGUCCAGAAGAGGAGGGCUCUGUGGUGUAGCCUACUCUGUCAGACCCUGCAUUUCACCUUCUUCCCCAUUGUAAAAAGAGAACUCAUUAGACUGCGUCCCUGCCACUGUAAAAACAGAAUGCACAUUUUGACAUGAACAAAGGAUGUGUUUUAUGCAGCAAAUAAUCACUCCUCUACUCUGUACCAACUUCUGUCUACAAUUGUAUUACUAAAGGAGUAUUUUAAUACUUAAACAAAGAGUCUGUGUUUCCUUUCCAUUACUAAUGUAUGUUUGAUAAUUAUAUAGACCUGAUCAUUUGCUGAAGAAAUUGACCAACAGUUGAAUAAAUAUUGUAACAUUUGUUUGUAAGAUAGCCUUAAAGGGCAAUUCCGCCACUUUUCAACCUCAUAUUCAUUAUUUCCAGUAGCAAACCAGUGUCUACAGCAUGUUUCUAUGAUC